GGGGCGCCGCGCUGCUCCUCGCGCUCCUCUGCGAAGUGGCGGAGAGCCGAGGAGGGAUCAUGGACAGCGUGCAGAGAUUUUCCAACCUGCCAACGUAUCUCCCUGUGAGCUCCCACAUCAGCAAUGCUGAUGUCGUCUUCUUCCUCAAAGAAGCCAACCAGGAUAUCAUGAGGAACUCCAGUUUGCAGACUAGGGUGGAUUCGUUCUUUAUAUACAAAGCCAAACUGCCACCUAUCCUAAAUGCCACGUAUGGACCUUUUUCUGUUGAACAGCCUGUUCCUUUGGACCUCAUGCUGACUACUGCAUCUUUUGGGUUCACAGACGAAUUCUCUUUUAAUUGGAAAUUAAAAUCGCACAUACUUGAAAGCUCAAUAUAUUCCAACAAACCUAAAAUACAAACCUUGUUCUAUAUUGUGGGGAAGGACUGGGAUGACUACGACUCUGCGGAGACGCUGCCUUGCGUGAAAAUGUUUGCUUUCCUGGAGUCUAGAGAAGUUGUGGCCAGCUGUAGGUUGAAAGGCCACCUGGGAUUAUGUGUUGCAGAGCUGGAAUUGUCUCCUAGCUGGUUCAGCUCCCCUUCACCCCUGGUUUCAGAGCCAAUGGCCUCCUUGGAAGGGAUUACUGUGGAGCUCUUCUAUCAGAUUUAUGCAGCGGAUGGGGAGUGUUCUCCUGAGGAUGCAGCAUGGGAAAACAAUAUCCAUGCGGGUGAAGAUAAUGAGCAUAAGGCCUUGCCAGCUAUGGAGAGGAUUGGUAGCAUCGUUGUUUACCCAAAUCAGGACAAAUUAAAGCAGUCUGCRUUGAGGCUGGAUGAUAACAUCGUGAUCCACUUACCAGUUAGUCCUGUGAAAGAAGGCGAGGUUGUAACCUUUCAUGUUUCCCUUGCUGAAGACUCCCUAGCAGACCAGUUUGUGCUAAGAAUUAAGACGGCGCCGGGUGUGAAGAUAGUGGACGUGCGAGUCAGCGACGCCGACCAGUGGGGCGUGCAGGAGGAGACGGACAGCGAGAGGACCACUGCCAUCAUCACGUGCGUGCUCAACGACCCAACGGCCGAGAACAGAGCAAACAUCUCCUCCUAUGAGAUCCUGCAGAUGGACUUUGAGAUCGACAACAGCAGCAGCCUGACAGGAGCCCAGCAAAUCACCUGGCAGGUGGAAUAUCCUCGUGAUGACUCCUUGAGCGAGCUCGUGGUCUCCGAGAUCUUUGUCAGCCGAACCAUGUUUGUGGGAAUAGUCCCUCUUGCAAUGUUGGGAACAAGGCAAGCCAUGGAGUGUUGACCUGGCUCCGAGAU